AUGGACAGAGACGUCGAUAAUGCGAACCCGACCAUAUUGACUGCAGCACAGCUGCCUACGCGGCAGAGCAAGAAGAACCUAGCAAGGAAGGGCCCAGAUAACAAGUACGACGGUAUCAUCUUGGCCAAGCCCGACUUCCUAUCCCACCCUUUCUGUGACGCCGACGACUUCUUGUGGCACGACAAGGAUGAUGCGAAUGAGGACUUCACACAGGAGCCCAUUGACGAGCAAGAAAUAUACGACCUCAUAUCAACGAUUUCUGACCCAGAACAUCCCUUGUCCCUGGGUCAACUAGCCGUCGUCAAUUUGCCUGACAUCUAUAUCACACCGGCGCCAACGGCUCAGCAGGACCCCGACGCGUUAAUCACUGUCUUGGUCGAGGUAACGCCGACUAUCACACAUUGUUCCCUUGCGACGGUCAUUGGGCUUGGGAUUAGAUUUCGGUUGGAGCAGGCGCUGCCGCCCAACUAUCGCAUUGACGUGAGGAUCAAGGAGAACACGCACAGUCAGGACGAGCAGGUUAACAAGCAGCUCGGCGACAAGGAGAGAGUGGCUGCCGCUGUCGAGAAUGACACCUUGAAAGGUGUCCUCGACAAAAUGCUUGAAACAUGCGUCUGA